CCUGGGUCUGAGCCUCAGGACGGGGUACAGAUGGUGGUACAGCUCUCCGCUCUUUCCUCGCUACUCUGGGAAGCUCAGGGCGGGGUGGGGGUGGGGGACCGUUCUGCAGCCGGGCCUCACUGGGCACCAGGUCCCCACCUGAAACCCCGCCUGCCACUCCGCCUCAGCCGACCCAAUCAACGCCCAAUCUGCCCGGGAUGAGGCGGGGCUUAUGCAAAUCGUGUCGCCUCUGAGAGACACAUAGUGAUACAAGAGCUGGGAGGCGACUCGGGCGCGGACCUUGGGGAACCUGGCCGCCGGCCCGCGAGCCAGUCUCAGUCUCCGCGGCCCGCCGAGGCUCAGAGUCAACCAGCGACCCGGCGAACGGCCUCAGGCCCUGCCAUGGGGAAGACCAACAGCAAGCUGGCCCCAGAGGUGCUGGACGACCUGGUUCAAAACACCGAGUUCAGUGAGCAGGAGCUGAAGCAGUGGUACAAGGGCUUCCUGAGGGACUGCCCCAGCGGCAUCCUCAACCUGGAGGAGUUCCAGCAGCUCUACAUCAAGUUCUUCCCCUACGGCGACGCCUCCAAGUUUGCGCAGCACGCUUUCCGCACCUUCGACAAGAACGGCGACGGCACCAUCGACUUCCGGGAGUUCAUCUGCGCCCUUUCGGUCACCUCCCGCGGCACCUUCGAGCAGAAACUCAACUGGGCCUUUGAGAUGUACGACCUGGACGGCGACGGGCGCAUCACGCGCCUCGAGAUGCUGGAGAUCAUCGAGGCUAUCUACAAGAUGGUGGGCACUGUGAUCAUGAUGCGCAUGAACCAGGAUGGGCUCACGCCCCAGCAGCGUGUGGACAAGAUCUUCAAGAAGAUGGACCAGGAUAAGGACGACCAGAUUACACUGGAGGAGUUCAAGGAGGCAGCCAAGAGUGACCCGUCUAUUGUGCUGCUGCUGCAGUGUGACAUGCAGAAGUAGAGGCUGGUGAGGGGCAGGGCCCCUGGCCAGGAGGGGCGUGGCCACCUCCCAACCCAGUGACCUCUGGCUGGCCCUUCCCCAGGGGGAGGGGGACUCCAGCCUCACUCUCUGGCCCACCCACCCCUCUGCCCAAGUCCUUGCUCCCCUCAAUUAAGAUCCUUGAGGGACCACCUAACUCUGGAAUAGAGACAGAUCCUCAGGUAUCCUAUGGUCUAGCCCCAGCCCCAGUCUUGGCCCAGAAUCAACAUCCACUGGGCAUAGGGGAGUUGGUUUUUGCAUCAAGGUGCAGGGUGAAGGAGGGGGGCUGGGUUCUGCUUUGAAAUUCUGUUCUUCCUGGGAUUGUGCUUUAUAGGAUGUGGUCCCACAGACCCCGGUUAAAGGGCCAAAUUGGGUCUGUCCAUUGCUGAGGACCCAGAUCCCUUAAAGGUGGUCUGUGUCCUGCCCCCACGACUCUACCUGGCCCCUCUGGCCCCAGCCUUUGGAGUGUUCAUUCAGUCCUUUCUUCAGCUAACAUUUAUUGAGCACCUGUUCAGUGCCAGGCACCUCUAGGUGCUAAGUCUAUGGUGGUUUACAAGACUCAUUCUGUGCCCUCCGGCAGCUCGUAGGGUAGUUAG